AUGCCGCCUCCGGUUCCUUCCGAUUUUGUUCUGUCGACGUCGGCGAUGAGUGUUCCAGGAGUACCCAUCAAUACGGCAAACGAUGAUAAUGAGUUUAUGAUGAAUAAAGGUGCUCAUCACCCUCCUACGCCUUGGUCCACCGGUCUCUGUGACUGCUGUGACGAUGUUAGUAGUUGUUGCUUGACAUGCUGGUGUCCAUGUGUGACAUUUGGAAGAAUUGCAGAAAUCGUUGAUAGAGGAGCAACUUCAUGCGGAGUGAGCGGAGGUCUAUACGCAUUAAUAAUGGGAGUGACGGGUUGCUGCUGCUGCUGCUGCAUGUAUUCUUGUUUCUACAGAUCAAAGCUAAGGGGACAGUACUUCUUGGAGGAGACGCCUUGCACAGACUGCUGCCUCCACUGUUGCUGCCUCCAUUGCGCCCUCUGUCAAGAAUACCGAUAUCUAGCUUCCCGUGGUUUUGACUUGUCCAUUGGAUGGCAUGGGAAUGUGGAAAGACAAAAACGCAGAACAACAUUUGCACCAAUAGUGCAAGGAGGCAUGGAGCGGUAG